AUGUGUGGACGAUACGCUUUGGGCGUGCGCUUGGCGUACAUCAGACACCGCCUGCAAGAACAAGGCAUGCAAGUGGAUGAAGCACCAGACGAUGAUGCAGUCAGAGAGACAUACAACUUUGCACCGGGCAACUUUGGUGCUGUCUAUCGCGCUGAUAUCACCGAUAAAGGGAGCUACGAUGCUCACCAAGAUGCUGAUAGCGAGCACCAGAAACAAGAUUCGGAAAAGGGAAAAGAUGAAGUGAGCUCAGAUGCUGAGCCAAUAGACAACGCAGUUAUCAAAUACAAACUCCAGAGCAUGAAAUGGGGUCUCAUCCCAUUCUGGACGAAGCGCCAGCCGGAUUACGGGUCCAUGAUGCGCACUAUUAACUGUCGCGAUGAUUCCUUGGCCAAAGAUUCGGGGAUGUGGACUACCAUGAAGCGACGAAAGAGGUGUGUUGUCAUCUGCCAGGGCUUUUACGAGUGGUUGAAGAAGGGGCCUGGAGGCAAAGAAAAGGUUCCACAUUUUAUCCGGCGCAAAGACGGGGAGCUGAUGUGCUUUGCUGGACUAUGGGACUGUGUUUCCUAUGAGGGUUCUGAUGAAAAGCUCUACACGUACACGGUGAUCACAACCUCUUCUAAUCCCUACCUGAAGUUCCUGCAUGAACGUAUGCCCGUCAUACUGGAACCCGGGAGUGAAGCGAUGAAUAAAUGGCUGGACCCCCGCCAAAAGACCUGGUCAAAGGAGCUUCAAUCGAUUCUCAAACCCUAUGAGGGCGAACUGGAGUGCUAUCCUGUACCCAAGGAGGUUGGGAAAGUUGGAAACAAUUCCCCGAACUUUAUUGUUCCUGUCGACAGCAAGGAAAACAAGAGCAACAUUGCAAACUUCUUUGCCAAUGCGAAAACGCAGGAAAAAUUAGAUCCCUCCCCAAAAAUGGAGCCUGGGUCGCCGAAAGUGAAGACGGACCAUGCCGAGGACCGCGCUACUGAGGAUUCAGAAUGGACCGAGGACAAUGCCCCAAAACCGGUGCCAGCUGUCAAGAGGGAGCAUACUCCAGAAGCUCCUGCUGACGCCGAGGAAAGUAAGAAGCGAAAUGUCAGUACAGAUCCAACGGAGCCAUCGCCGCAAAAGAAGAAGUUGCGCAGUGCUACCCACAAUAGCCCUAUGAAGAAGUCUGGUGGAACCAAGGCAGCAGAUGGAUCGCAACGAAUUACGAGUUUCUUCAACAAAUGA